GGCACAUUGCCGUUGCAAAUACAGUUUUUCCGAAUGCCCUCAGCAAUGUAGAUUUCUCCACGCCAUGUCCGACAGACACUGGGGAAGAAUCAACAGGGAUCCAGACAGAUUCAAGUGUACCCUCUGGUCCAGUAAACAGCAAGGCAAGUUAAAUACCGCGUUACUACGGCGGAACGCUAUAGAACAUGAUAUUUGUGUCCAUCAUGCUGCGGACAUUGCCCUCGUCACUCCUCGUACAGAAAUGCAGAUCAGAAGGUUCUCGGGCUGUGUCUAGCUGUAUCGCAAGGGAUUGGGGUAGCUAUGCUACAACAUGUACCAGCGAAAGAAAUGAUGAACAGUAUG